CGCCGUGACGCCAAGCUGAAGAGCGGAAAUAACUAAAUCUAACCACACUCUCUGGUGUUGUUGUUUUGUUUUUUUUUAAAAUAUAUCAAUUUGUCAAAGCGCCUUGAUCAUCACGGUGCACACUAUCAGCUACGCUGGCGAAUGGUAGAUCAAACUUAGUUCUGCGAAACAGUGGCGUAUUGAAACCAAUUACGGCUACCACCCGUGGCAAUGUUGAGACUCCUGCGAAUAGCGCUUUCUCAACUUUCCGGCACUGGCUGACUAGAUUUCAACACCACGGGAUCUUAGUAGGUUGCGUUUGCUUCUGGUUGAACUGCGUGAUGUUGGCCUACAUCUGAUGUUGAUUAAAUCGACUUGGGAACUUAAGUGGCUCUAUACGCUUAGUAUACUUUAAAAAUCCGCAUCAUAUGAUUAUUCACUUCAUAAUGUUAAUAAAACUAGUCACUCCUUUUCAAUGAAUUAUAUCUGUAUAUCUUUAUGCAGUGCUUUUUUGGGACGGUACAUGCUUGUAUGGCGUACCGGUACGUUUCUGCAGAGAUUUAAAAAAAACAAAAAAAAUUACUACCGGUACCGUAUGUAGUACCAACUAAAACUAUAUUACCUGAAGUUCCACUUGCGUCUCAUCUGUUGCUCUUUGGUUAAGUUAAGCAAAUCUUAAUUUAUACAUUUUUUUGAUGUGCGUGUGCGGUACAUAUGAUUUAUUAUUCAUAAAAACUGCGAGCAUAAAGAUUAAUUGCACAACUCUAUACAUUGUGUAUUUGGGUAUUUAUUUUAUUUCAAAGAUGUAAUAACAUGCGGCCUACAAAGUGCGGACUCGAUAUCAAAAUGGUCCCUUCAGCCCCCCCUGCAUUAGUCGUUCUUCAGCCCCCACCACACUCUCCUCCACCCUCUCUCCCUUCUCUCUCUCUCUCUCUCUCUCUCUCUCUCUCUCUUUCUUUUCAACCCCCUCCCACCCCCCCCAACCCUAAGUGCGGACUCGAUCUCAAAAUGGUCCCUUCAGCCCCCCCUGCAUUAGUCGUUCUUCAGCCCCCCCCACACUCUCCUCCACCCUCUCUCCCUUCUCUCUCUCUCUCUCUCUCUCUCUCUCUCUCUCUUUCUUUUCAACCCCCUCCCACCCCCCCCAACCCCCCGAUAGCAAAGCAUACUAAGACUUAAUAUGACAUUAUUUGACGAGAGUAUUGAAACACUGAGUCGAUAGAUCACGUGAUUCUGAUAUUGCAGCCUUUACUUUCAAUUUAUUUCCAGUAAGACAGGAUGUCUCACAGAGACACCCGUUACUGCAUCGCAAAUAGCGGGAAUAGUCUUGACGAACCCAUUUACUUGCCCGUCAGUAACUACUGGCAGAAGAAACACAGCAGGCUACUGGGACUGACUUUCGUCCGCUACUUAAACAUUAAGACCCCCUCUCGCCAGCUGCACCUGAGAAACUACGUUCCAGCCAGCAUCCACGCCACCCACGGGGACGGGAACUGUCUGUUCCGUUGCUUCUCGCUGGCCAUCACUGGGUCGGACGCCUUCCACGAGACGCUGCGGGAGAUCAUCGCCAACCACAUCAUGCGCAACGGCAAGGCGUUCUCCGUCCUCUUCCACGAGCGCUUCCAAGACAACCCAAACAACUACCUGUACCAGACACGGAUGGCCCAGAGGGGGACGUGGGGGUCCGACGUGGAGAUCAUGGCGGCCGCCCACCUCCUGAAGACCAAGAUUUUCGUCUACACCAUCCACGGCGACACCUGGCAGUGGGUGGAGCACAACCUCGACCUGACGUCCCCGGCGAGCAGAGUACACCGACAGUCCAUCUACCUGAUGCACACCUCGCUUGUCCACUACGAUCUGGUCAAGGAGAUAAAGAUCAGGCGGCAGAUCACGUGGGACAGGUCCCCGAGUCCGGAGAACGAUCAAAAUCUCUGCAGGUACACUGUCGCCAGACGACCACAGUACAUGCCUCCUGACAGGCGAUACAAAUGUCAAAUCACAAAGUCUGCAUCCAGGAACAAAGAAUGCUAUAGAUGUAACAAAUGCACACCGCGUUCAGAGGAACGGGAAAACUCAGUUGUUAAAUGCUCCACAAUGCAUAAAGACUGCACAGUGCAGAAAGCAAGAUAUCGGUGCAAAUGCAAAUUAGGAAAAAUGACUGAUAGAAGUAGAAGUAGAAGUAGAAAAAGGAAAUCGAAGUCGUCCAGGAAGUCUUUGAAAAGGAAGCUCGUUUGAUCUUUACACAUUAUUUUAUACAUACUAUUUACUUAUUUAGUGAGAGAGACUGACUCAUUUUUU